AUGCUUAGAGAUAUUAAUGAGUGCGACGUAAAGAAUCGCUGCAGCAGAAGAUGCCAUAAUGUGGAAGGAAAUUAUACUUGUUCGUGUCCGCCGGGUUAUAGAGGCGACGGCUAUAUCGACGGAUCAGGCUGCAAAUUCCCUCUCAUGCAAAUUUCAUUGGGCAUUUCUUUAGCCUUACUAGUUCUAUUCACAUUUGUCUUCAUAUUAUGCUGGGGACACAAGCAAAGAUCACUAAAGCGACUUAGAAGAAUGUAUUUUGAGCAAAAUGGAGGAAAUUAUAUGCUGCAGCAAAUUUAUCGACAACAAGGACAUACUGAUAGGACCAAGAUUUUUUCCGAAGAGGAGCUCAAAAUUGCAACAAACAACUUCGAUGAAAGCAGAAUCCUUGGUCGUGGAGGCCAAGGUACGGUUUACAAGGGUAUAUUGUCAGAUAACAGGCAUGUUGCCAUAAAGAAGUCCAGAAUUAGUGGAAAUCACAGGCAAAUAAAGGAUUUUAUCAAUGAAGUGGCUGUACUUUCUCAAAUCAACCAUAGGAAUGUGGUUAAACUUUUCGGAUGUUGUCUUGAAACUGAAGUUCCUUUGUUAGUGUAUGAGUUUGUAGACAAUGGCACCCUUCUUGAACAUAUAGACCCACUAAAAAACAAGAACUCUCUUUCAUGGGAGACCCGAUUAAGGAUUGCUGCAGAAACAGCUGGGGCCAUCUCAUAUUUACAUUAUGCUGCUUCUAUUCCAAUUAUUCAUCGUGAUAUUAAAUCUACCAACAUACUAUUAGAUCAUAAUCAUAGAGCGAAAGUUUCUGACUUUGGAGCCUCAAAACUUGUUCCUCUAGAUGAAACUCAAAUUACUACAGUGGUUCAAGGGACAUUAGGGUAUUUGGAUCCGGAGUACCUCUUCACAGGUCAGCUGAAUGAGAAAAGUGAUGUCUAUAGCUUUGGAGUUGUGCUUGUGGAGCUAAUCACCGGAAAUAAAGCAGUUGAAUUCAAUAGGCCAGAAGAGAGAAAUUUAGCUAUGCACUUUGCAUCUUUGAUGAAGGAAGACAACUUGCGGAAGAUUCUUGACAAGCGAGUGUUGGAUGUGAAGAACGCAGGGCAACUAAAGGAAGUUGCUUUCUUGGCAAGGAGGUGCAUUAGAGUUAAUGGAGAGGAAAGACCGACUAUGAAAGAAGUAGCCAUGGAAUUAGAGGGUCUAAUUGCCGUGAAAAAGCAUCCUUGGGUAAAGGGAGAGGAUAUGAUGUCUGAAGUAUGUGAAUAUUUGCUUGGUCACGUGGCUAGCAGGUAUGGGAAUGCUCCUGCUGGCACUUCAGCUGGCUAUAAUGGUGGCUAUGGGAAUGCUAGUGCCGACACUUUAGCUGGCUAUGAUAGCAUACAGAAACAAAUGGAAUUUGAGAUUGCAGAUGGGCGAUGA